AGAGCUGUCAAGCCUUUUGCAACACCAGCCCACGACUGGUGUGAAAUUCGUUUCCAUUUGCGGUUUAGAGCUUUGUUUUGUGAAAACGCGUGUGAAUUUAUGAGAUUUUAUUCCUGUUUAUUCGAGUUAAAAUAUUAUCCUAGUGCGACAACGCUUCUGAAUUCGAACGGUUAAAAUUCUCCACACUGAAACCGCGUUAUGCCCAGCUAGUAUCGUUCCAGCCAGUUUUGAAUUUUCUUCGCUCUCCCGCUUGAGCCGAAUCGCCUUCGGACCUGCUCGGCGGAAUGGAAAAUCUCAACUGCCCCGCGGUGGAGUUCAGUCGGCCAGACAGUACCGACGAUUCCGGCGAGACCAGUGUCUUUCAGGAGUUUGCGAUCGUGGUUCGCAACUUUCAUCACUUCGAGCAGAUCCCGACGGGGCAGUGGCUGUCGCUGCUGCAGGAGAAGUCGUUCAUCCGUCAGCGGCAAAACCGUAGGGAGGCGGAUCGGUUGCACAACUUGACGGCGCAACUGGCGGAAAAUGACGAGCUGGACAAAGCGAUGAUUCACAUUACGCAAGCUUUGCACCGCUGUCCGGCGGAUGACACGCUGGCCAAGGCGAUCCUGUGUCAGAAGGGAGAGCUGUUGAGGCGGAAGGAACGGAUGCAGGAUGCUAUUCGACAUCUGGAGAUCUGUUUGCGGAUUGAAGGGGAACGGUUCACUCUGGGGACGUAUCUCUGCCUGUUGAGGUGCUACCGAGCAACGGGCAAUGCGAUGAAGGUUCGGUUGACAAAGUCCCGCUGUUCGGCGUUUGUGAAUCGAUGGAACGACGAAUUUAGGCGGUACGAUUCGCAGUUAAAGAGUGAACCAGACCGUCAUAUGGAGGAGAUGAAGAAAGAGUUUGAUCUUCACGCAAAUUAUAUACCGCAGGAAAUCCACAAUGACAAGUGUACCAAGAACGAACCUUCAGUGCAAGAUGAUUACGUCGAGGAGAUCGAUUUCGAACCAUUUAUGGGGUUUACAUCUGAUAAGCUAAUUUGUGGUGCUUCCAAAGCUUGUAGUUUAGAUACAAAUUUUUACAGUGAAAACAAUACCCCCAAACUGGUGGCGAACACGUUCAUCCCGGAAGGGUCCAUCGUACUGGUGGAACGACCGCUGGCAUCCCACUUGGAGUUCUCCAAGGUUCAAUGCUACACCUGUCAUGUCGUCCAGCCGCACCUGAUCCCAUGCUUCCACUGCCAAGGAGUGUUCUACUGUUCCUAUCAGUGCCAAAGGCGCGAUGCCGGAUACCAUCGGUACGAGUGCCGUGGCUAUCAGUUGCUGUUCUUCCCUCUAGUCAACGGUAAUCUGGAGAUUCGGAUGCUCAUCCGAACCCUCAAUACUCUGAAGAGAAUACUGGCUGUGAAAUCGUCCGCGAGCUACAAAGGUCCCAGGUCAGCCGACGAGCUGUUCAAAGUGCUGCUGGAGGGCCGAGAGGCGUUCGCCGAUCUGUUCAAUGCACUGCUCUGCAAGUUGGAGUACAGCAAUUUCCGUCCAGAGGACUUUGACGCACUCAUGAUUAAAACGGAGAAAUUGCUCAGCUACGUCAAGUUCGAUCACAAAAUCAGAUCUCAGUUCUUCGAUCAGUGGAAGCAGUUCGACGACUUUCAAUUCGACAUAUUCAUCGGUGGACUUUUGCUCCACUUCUGUACGCUAACCAUGACAAAGGUCCAUCGACUCUCGUUCGACAUUCCCGCUACGGAGGAUUUCGUGGGACGAAUUGAAGAUUUUGUCACCAUCGGGGACGACAACCGGGAGGAGCCCCUUCGGAAAACUAUUCUAGAAGCGCUUGAACGAUAUGGAAAGGAGAGCACUGGUUUUCCCCGAGCAUCGAUAGACACUGAUUCGUUGCGAAAGGGCAUUUUAAAACAUUUGGACACGUUGAAGCGGGAGAUGGAAAGUAGUCAGCACUCUAGCGACGAAUUAGAGGAAGAUUUUGGCCCUCGACUGUGGACCAGGGCGAAUGUCGUAAAGCUAUGGCAGUCUUGCCUGGAAGGAGCUGGAAUAAAUACUAUUUCGCGCACCGCCUAUCUCAAUCACCAACGCGAACGAGCGGCGGACGUUGUAGACAAAGCCCUGCUCCGUUUCUACGACAGCUACUUUGACUAUUUUGGCGAAAUUCCAACGUGUAGCAAAGGUCGAUCGUUCCCGAACACGCUACGGACUUUUUAUCCAACUGCGAUGAAUUUCAAGCACUCCUGCGGACCGAAUCUUUUAUUUGCUAUGAUUUCCAACGGUCUGUUUGUGGCCCGCGCUCGUCGCAACAUCAGCGAAGGUGAAGAACUUACUAUCAACCAUGGCCCGCAUUACAAAAACGCCCCCAGGGAAAAGCGCCGUGAAUAUCUGAGUAAGAUCUACGUCAACUGUGAUUGUCUUGAGUGUGGUCAGAUCGAGGAUCAUUGGACCCGCUACCAACGAGUCAAAUGUGAGGAAUGUCUCUUCAACGGAGAUGCACCGCACACCUGUCCCCAGUGUUUCCAGGUCAAGGAACAAACCCCUGAAAUGGAACUGCUCAUCCAACAGCUGCAAGGUAUCGAGUCCAACCUGUCGCGAAACCACCUGCCGCAGUUGAUUCCGCUGUCGAUGCUGGGACGGACGAUCGGAGGGCUGCAGACGGCCACCGCCUCCGGGAAAAGGAAAGUGGAGCUGCUGAUGUUCUUCGAACGCAUUUGGUUGAUGGUGUUUGUCGACGCCACCAACAUCCCGCUGUACAACAACCUCAAAGAACAGUUGUCAUGCUUUGCCGACGAAGUGAUCCGUGACGCCAUCGACGGAGUGUUCGUCCUGCUGAAACGCUGCAAAGCCAUCAUCGACACGCUGUUCCCGGAGAUGAGCGUGCAGGUGGCCAACGAGUACGAGCUGAUUGUGCGCCGAGUCGUCAAGUACAUGCUCCCGGCCAACGUUCAUUUUUACAGGUUUCUCGGGGUGGAUAUGCGCCAGGUGCACCGUACGAUCGAUCUGGCCCGGUCGAUGGUCAAGCAGGCGUUCGUGAUACUGGAAGGGCAUUUCCUCUACGAUGACGACAGCUAUCGGAAGUUGCUGACGGUGGAGUACCGGCUGCGGUCAUUCGAGAGCAACAUUCGAUCGACGGAGGCCAGCGAAGAAAGCGAGCUCUUCCUAACGUUGAUCGGAGCUUUGAACAAUGGAAGCAAUCAGAAGAAAACGGUUCCCUCGAAGCGAUCCACCAGCGAGGCUCAAAAAAAGCAAUCUCAGAUUUCAAAGACGGUAAAUCUGAAUAAUAACGUAGGUGUAGAUGACAGUGGUAAUAGCACAGGAACAAAUACCAGUACUGAUAGUGCGAAAACGGUAGUGGUCAAUGGCCAUGAACGGGCAGCUGAGAGGGUUGCGGUGGACAAGUCGACGAAGUGCAAGGAUUCGGGGGCCAUCCCUAAGCCCAAUCGCACAGCCAAACACCAACGGAAGGUAUGAAUGAGUGCCCCUUCCGCAUUCGUAGGUAUGUUGAAAAGUACUUCUCUAGAAUCGGGUAUAUUUUUUUAGUAUCGUUUGUACAGCUCGAAAGAUGCGAACUCUUUUCGACUCGAAAGUCUGUUCUACUUAGUGUAGGUUGUUUUACGCGGUCGAAUUUUAGCAAACUGUUCAACAGCGAAUCCGAGUUUUAUGUCUGCCAAGGUAGUGGCGCGUUCUCAAUUUAACCGGUAGGUAACCAAAUAGCAAUUAAAUAUUAGAAAGAGAUAACCGUGCAACAAUAUCGAAAUAACGGAGAGGUAAUCUGCGAAACCCACUCAAACACGCGACAUUCGUUAUGGAAGUGAGGUUAAUUUUUUAAAUGCUUUCAAUGGUUAGACUGUUAACAGAAAAGAAAGAUCGAAUAAGCACUUAAAUGGUAAGCUAAAUGUACGAGAGAAAUUGAGAAGCUUGUAUGUUUCUCUAAUCUUUUAUUUUGGCAAUUAUUGAUGAAGGGACACUUAAUACAGCCAUACAUUGAACCAACGAAGUAUUUAGUAAGUUAAUAAUAAAAUGACAAACUGCAUUCGUUUCCUUAUUGCACUUGCAUAACAAUCAUCA